AUGGCAAACGCAGCAGAAGGAAAGACACCAUGCUCAAUAUGUCAAAAGGUAGCUGGUAUAUUUAUUUGUCGUGGAUGUGGAAAAGAUUUUUGUUAUCGUCAUGUAGCUGAACAUCGGCAAGAAAUUAAUAAACAAAUGGAUGAACUCACUACUAAUCAUGAUCAUUUUCAACAAAGGAUUGCCGAACAAGAAGCGCAACCGAAUUGUCAUCCUCUGAUACAAAAGAUCAAUGAAUGGGAACAAGAAUCAAUCGAUAAAAUCCAUCGAGCAGCUGGUGAUGCUCGUAAACAAGUCAUAACUAUUCUUGGCAUACAUAGAACGCAAGUAAUACAUGAUUUGACAUGUCUUACAAAAAAAUUAAGCGAAGCUCAUAAGGAAGAUGAUUAUGUAGAAACAGAUUUGAAAGAAUGGACGAAGAAACUUGACAAAUUAAGAGCCGACUUGAAUGCAUUUCAAACGAUUGAUUUCAGUGAAGACAAUAAUAGCAGUACAUUGAUUUCAAAGCUUUUUAUCAAUGAUGCAUCAACUGACAUUUUUCAUCGAAUCGUGGGCGAUAUUCAGAUUAAUGAAGGUGGAAAAGUUGCAGUGCAUGGUCCAACAAAUGGCAUCGCUGCAGUAUGUUGUAGAGGUGAAUAUGCAUUGGGAAAACAUCGAUUUCAUUUUAAAAUUGAACGAUUGUUCAAUUACAGUGCUUUUUAUUGUGGUAUCGUGUCGAAAAAUACACCGACCGAUUCAAUUUGCAUUACGUCGGUUAAUUAUGGCGGGCAUCGAUGCAGCAUCCCCUCUGGAACUCCGAAAUAUCUUAAUCAGAACGUCCUUUUCUGUUUUAAUGGACCAAAUUAUUAUUUUCAAAUGAAUGAAACAUACGAACUUCUAGUUGAUUGUAAUGAACAAAUAAUACGUUUAACAGAAGGACAAUCAGGCAGAACACACGAACUCAAAAUUAACUUAACUAUCUGCCCAUUACCAUGGCAGUUUUUUAUCGCACUAAUUUCUGCCAAUGAUUACGUUCGUCUUUGUUAA